CAGUCCUUGCCAACAAAACUAUUUCCUCUUCUAUUAAUAUAAGACCUAGUUAGGCAAACAGAAUUGAAUAGAACUUGCCAGCUUUAAUAAUCAAGCCUUAUUUAAAAAAAAGAAGAAAAAAAGGUUAUUUCCUGCAAUCAAAGGGCUCUUUCCUACAAGCAGAAUCCAAGCAACAGUUCUCUUGAAGACUGGCGCUACAUAGGGGUUCAAGGAUACCGUGAGUAAUACCGACACUCAUGAGAAAUAAAUGUACUUUGUAACAAGGGGAAUUUCAACUUUAAAAGAGGAACCUUUUUGACAGAAGCUGCAUAUGUGCAUUUGCAAGAGCAAAGUGUUGAUUUUCUCUGUCCGAGUCUUUCAGCAUGUAAUGGAGGACAGAGGAAAGAAUGAACAUUUAUAUUGUCAAGAUCCGUGCUGGAGUAUUUUGCUGCCUUUGAAACGGGAAGCCUGGAGAAAGAAAUUAGAGAUAUCUUUCCUUUGGUUGUGGAGGAAGAAUUUUGCUUGCAGAGGCAGUGGAAUGCUUCAUGAUCUUUGGACCAAAGCCUUCUGGACAGUGCCUGAAACAAGCUGCAUCAGCUGGUUAAGGGCAUCCUUUAAACAAAGAGAGUUUUCUCACAACGCUGAAGUUUUACUGACCCACAUCAUGAUUCAGCAACUGUCUCUGAAGCAGUUCAUGUAAGAGCAGCAGAAGUCACGCUGUGACCUCCCUCACCAGGGUGAGUGGAAAUCCUGAAGGAUCCUGGAGCCUUCAACAUGCAGCCAGCCCUGCAACCACCAUCUGGAAGACAGCAGCCAGGAAACUCUGUGGAAUCUUUGAAACUUUUGUCUUCAGCUCCAAAACUAACCCAUAAAGAAAGGCGUGGAGAAAGUGUUGUCUGUUGUGGGUUUGUGUGUGUGUGUAUGUGUUUUUGUUUGUUUGUUUUUUCCCUUGAGUUUUGUUUUUCUCUUAUUUUCAUUUCCACUUUUGGUCUUUGCUCCUGUGAGAAAGUCAUUGCAAAACAUGCCUUGUUAUAGCAGUACACUCUUUUAUAUUUCCAGUUGCUAAAUUGUUUGUAAUUUUCCUCUUCUGGACCUUCACUAGAUCCAAAAAAACAGGGCUAUUGUGUUGGGUUUUUUCUUUGUUUGACUCGAAGCAAAAAUUCUUAUUCACAGGAGAGAAAUGUGACUGCUGAGAAGGAGUUCUGGUAGUUUUCUGUGGCUUGGCAUGGGCAAUUUUAUUUAGGUAAUUAGUUGUGUGGUUCAGUUGAGUGGGGCCCAGCCCAGAUAAACGAUCACCACAUAGCAGGGUGGUUCGUGCUGUGGUACACAGAGCAGGAGGAGAAUGACCUCUGCUUACAGUAAUGGAUCCUGCACAAGCACCCUCUCUUCUGCUACUACUUGGGUGAGUCUCAUUGAUCACAAAGAACACUAUCUGUAUCCUCUGGCACAUCCAAGUUUCUUUCUCCUCUUUCCUAAGAAAAGGCUGAAUCUGGAAAAAUAUGGUUUUGUGUUUUGCAGUGCAUACACAGAAAACACGACAGCUGACUGGGGGAAAUUCUGUGUUAAACAGAAAAAUACACUUGCUCCCAGAGAUCUGCGGUAAAGAAGAUCAAAGUGUACAAGCUUAAAAUAAAACAUGACCAAAAAAAAGGGGAAACCAGAAGACAGCAAUCUCACUUUUUCUCAUAUAAGAGCUGAAGAGUUUUUACACCCGCUCCACCAAAAGUGCAUUCUUUGGAAUCGUUCAGAAAGGGGAGUGGAGGACUUUGGAUGGCAUGAUGUGAAGGCUUCUCCCAGAUACAUGAAAAUAGCACAGGAAAAACACCAAGGCACUGCUUACCGUCAGCCACAAGGCAGUAGAUGCAGGAGCAGUUCUCUCACCUGUAAAUGAGAAAGACUUGGGAAAAGGGCCUUGGCUGUUAAACAGGAUUAUAUAGGUUCACUGUGUGAAUCCAGUCACAGAAGCGUUCUGCUUAUGAGAUGACUCACAGGGCUUUUUUUUUUCCCGAAGAGAUACUAUUUUUUUCUUGACCAAACCAUGUGACAUGUAGUCUCAACACUUUAAACCCCAUAGGAUUGCUUUCAGUUGUCUUUGUAGCGAAGGAAAGGUUCCUGUUACACCACGGAAGGUUGCCCAUUUCAUCACUUCUGGUAGUUGACAUCAUUGUGCUGUCUGUCUCCACCACUCCUCCUGUGCCACCCUCUCCUCUUCCUCUGCUUUCAAUUCUCCAUCUUCCUCCCUGUCCAGCCAAGGGCAGGCAUGCUCCCCAUUCCUCUCUCCUCUGUGCCAGUUGCUCUGGGCACUCUGGCCCUUUGCAGUCCAUGGACUCUGUGCUCCUCCCAUGGCAUACCCAGUAAUCUUGAACCUCACCACAUUCCCUGUAAACCAGAGGUCUGUCAUAGCGUGCUUCUGGUUGCUAAGGGCUGUGAAAGCACAGAGAAGUAUUUCCACCAGUUGAUGGGAAAAUUUGAGAUUAACUUUCUCAAAAAUCUCUCUUAAAACUUCUUCCUGUUUUACUGCUUCUUGGGGAGCACUGGAGAAGCUACUGCAGCGUUUUCAACCUCUAAAACAUUUCUUUAAUUUUUCCUUCUUACAGCAUCAUGGAGGUCUGCAUAUACUUCCUUUAUGCCAUAAUACUUCUCCCAGAUUAAUUCUUCAGUGAAACAGAAAGCUUUUCCCGUUUCUGACCUCCUGGCCUCAUACUCCCCAGACACCAACAUUUACUACACAUGCAGCAUUUACAUUGUCUUCAAAACUGCAGCGCUGCGUUGUUUCCUGAAGUGAAUGAACUCAAGUUUUGAAAAACAAAUUAUGCAGCUGUCUCAUUUCACGACAGAAUCUCAUUCCUUACACUUACGAGAACAGUGUGGAACUGUGGCCUUUUGCCUGAAGUUGAAUCUUCCACAAUACAGACUCUCCCAGGCUCUGAGUGGUAUUGCUGCCAAUGUACAUCACGUGAAGUCAUUUCUCAAUCACACUGCAUACCUAUCUUGCUAUUUCCCAAACUCGCAGAAAACUGACGUAAAGAAUAUAAUAGUUUUUUGGCAAAAAGGUGUGGAUGAAGUGGUGCAUGAAACGUACCUUGGCCAGGAAAUACACGAUCACGUUAGUCCUAAAUACAGAAAUCGUACCAAGAUGGAUAUGGACAAAUGGACCUUGCAAUUGUUAAAUGUAGGGAUUGUGGACGAGGGGCAGUAUAAAUGUAUUAUAAUGCACGUGGACAAGGGACCAAAAAAGAUCAUACACGAAUCUGAGUGCUUACUGCACAUCACUGCCAACUACAGUCAACCUGAGAUAGCACAGCUACACACUGGGGAGCUAAAGCCCAACGAAAACCUGAAUCUUUCCUGUUCUUCCAGCGGAGGUUAUCCAGAGCCCAAGCAGAUGAUUUGGCUAAUUUCAAGUGAAAACAUAACAGAUAGGCUUAUACGUCACAUGGAUGUCUUACAGGAUGCUGUAACAAAGCUAUAUAAUGUUACCAGCAAGCUGAAUAUCCCCAUUCCUACAAAUACUCUCACUAACAUUAGCUGUUUGCUUCACCUUGGAGAGCAGCAGGGGAGCCUUGUCUCAGUGCCACUAGUCAUAGAGAUACAGGCAGAAGAAAUGGAACAGGUGAAGGUAAAUUUCUUUGGCCCACUUAUAGCUGUAAUUUUACUGAUCACACUUCUUCUGGGUUUUUUGAUACUGAAGAACAGAAAUAUCUCAUCUACCAGCCAGACUGCUGACAGAAACUUGAGUUUUAUGCUGGACUUAAACUUCCUUGGACAAAUUAGUUCCUGAAACAACUCAUCCAUCCAGCAGUAAGUCCAAAUACCUUUCUCUUGUCUCAUCCUGUGAUCCAUUUGUCCUUCUUUGUGCUCCGUUAGACUGCCAUGGCACAAGCUUACUAUUAUCUCCUGCAGCUUCAUCUUUUACUAUGGCUUAUUGGUAGAUUUGGCUCUUAAAAUCAUUGACUUAUAUAAAUCUUUCUUGUCCAUCACCAUUUAUAAGAGAAGUGGAGCUGGGAGAGGGAUGAGACAAGAUCUGCAUUACGUACAGGCAGCUCUGUCAUCACUGAGGUGAAGGAUCCAAGGCAUUGCUCCACCACAGGCUGCCCACCACUGGACUGGGAGAAUCAUCCUUACACCAGAAACAGAAUGUGAUCUUUGCAUUCCAUUUCUGUUUUAUUGCAACACUUGGUCUCAGCAGUCUGGGCUCUAUUCUGCACUGAGAGGAUGAUUAUGCUGACAUCAGAAUCUAUCCCCUCUUGUAUUAAGAAGGAAAUUAAAUCCUCAGAGUCGGUCCUGCUUCCUUGCACACCCAAGGGUCCUGAGGCCCUCCUCAUUCUUUUUCCAAAUCCUAUGAUAACAGGACAUUUAUCAUCAACUAUUUCAGCUCCUAUCACUCAUGUUUCUGUAAAUCACAUCUUCAUCUAUUUCAGGUGUCAGUCUUGCAGUCUAGAAGGUAUCCAGCUUGAGAUAGAGGCCAACAGCUAGACUGCUAACUGGGAUCCAUUUCUGCACAUAGAGAGGCCUGAGGUCCCAUUGUUUCAGAUGCUGUGCCAGAACAAGAAUCCUCUCCAAACAGCCAGCAGAACAACAUGCAGUAUUUUCGUCUGAUGACUGAAGUCUGCUGUCCAGUGUUCCUUGCUUUUAUUUUUGCUGCAGAACAGCAGCAAAUACAAUGCUCUGUCUGUAUGACUUUCUUUUACCCUUUGGGGAAAACUUGUGAUUUCGUGGGCUUUUUGGUCAAACAAUUGUCAGUGCUCACCUCAGUCUUCGACAUGAUUAAAUUUCCUGGUUCCUGGUUGCAGUUACUCUGGCUGCAGUCCUGAUCACUAAGAGGAAACGCCACCUUGGACCUUCCUGCAGUCAGUGGCUUGAUCCACCGCUGCAUGGACUAAUGUGGUUUUGCCUUCUAUGAUACUACCUAGAUAUGAAGAACUGAAUGUAGUGAUCUCAUUAAAUCUGGAAAGAGGAGGUGAACACCUUCCCAUCCACAUGCCACAAAAAAAAGGAAACCUUUCUUCCAACGCAAAGAGGUACAAAGUAUUUAGCAGCUGGACAGGAAGGAACAUUGGUGAGAUAUGAAGGGCAGAAAUCUUCCCACUUUGUCAACAGUAACAAAUAUGCAGAGAAGCACAGCAAGCAGCUGCUCCAACUGUUAGAAAAAUAUCUUCUUUUCAUUGUUUUCUUUUGUUUUGUUUUUGCUGGGACUCCUUCACUAUUUGACAAGGCCACAGAAAACUGCUAGGCACUUAGCAGCACUUCUAUCACUGGCUAAGUGGCAGGUUUUUUGAGGGCAGAAGCUGAUGUGGUAGAAUCCUGAGUGUCUGUAUAAGGAGAAGCUGUUCAGAAAUCUAAACACUCCCCAAGAUCCUGCAGUCUUCAGUUGUAUGGUUGGGUUUGACACCUGUGACUGUUUUGCUGUAUCUUUCAUUAUGCUCUGUGACACUGUAAAAUGCUGUCAGUGGGAGUCAAUGAAGAAAGCAGAACAGCGAGGGUUGCAGAAGUGAAUGUCUCAGAAAUAGAAAGAGUUGGGCCACAACCUGUGAAUCACUGCCCUCACUGGAAAUGUGAUCAGAAGCAGGAUAUUUAAUCAUGUACCAUAAAUGCUCUGGGCUUUGCAUGGCUUUGUACCAGCAACUUUCUUGUAAAACUCCACGGUAGAAAAAGGAACUUAAAGAUGCUGCCCCACCUUCCGAGAAAAGCCAUGAAAUUUCCAUAGGGCAUUUGAAACUAGAAAUAACUGAAGGAAAAAGAAUUGUUUUGAAUAUAAUUUUUGGUUAUUGUAACUUUUUUUUUAAACCAUCCAAGAUUAAUAUCUUCCUAUUUAUACUGACCAGAAGCUGUACUACAGGUUUUUCAGGUGGAUGCAGGGAUAGAAUAUUAAAGCGUGAGGUAUCAUUCAUUUGUGUAUAAAUCUAGAUAUACAAAGUUAAACAAAGCAGAUACUGGAAAAAAAAAAUGAAGAAGUGGGGCACGUUCCAGUUUGGUUAACUGCAUUCAUCCUUUCUUAAUUUGGCUUCAAAGUUUAAUGAUACAGCAACCCAUACACAAUGCUAUGCUCAACUAUAGGAUAUAGUUUUACCUGUCAGAACAGGUUAUUUGUUUCAUUCAAAAUGUUCCAGUCCUCAAUCUUGAACAAUUUCUGCAUUUUAUUUUCUGCAAUGCUACUGACAACUUUCAAGAAAAAUGCAGAAGAUCUGAGACAACUUCUUUUUGAGAUCUUGAUUGUGUUUGUAAGCCACCGUAAUUUGGAUAUUAUUACAUUCUCAAGACAAAAUUCAGCUCAGAUUUGCAUUCUGGGGACAUAAAUUCUCCACUGUUUCUACUGGGUAAAAAUAUUCUUUUCUGUUAAGUGAUGUUGAGACUUCCUAGACUCUGCCUCAGUUUCACCUCUAUUUUCACCUGAGUAAGAGAAUUUGCACGUUAUUUGGAGCUUGUAAAAUCAUUUGGGAGUCAGUUUAUUAAGCUAUUAUGCCAACAAGCCAAACAUUUUUAUUCAGGUUAGUAUCAUGCAAAUGAUAUGAAAAGUCACAGCUCUUAUUUUCAUGUAAGGUUUUAUAUUUGCUAGCAAAGUUAUUUAAUGACAUUAAAAUAUACACACUUUUCUGUGUUGGUGA